CGAGAUUGCCCGACUGCCUACUGAGAUAACUGAAUGGGGUUGUUUGUCCGGAUAUCACUGCUUCGUAUUGCUUUCGUAGCUGUGAGUCAUGAAAGCAUAGGCGGCAUAGAUGCUAGCGGAUUGAGAUUUGUUAGACAGCACUGCAGCAGCCUACAGAAUUAUAGCUCAUCUUCCCCUCUCUCGAGUUCAAGUUCUUCGAAACCCAUCUUCUUUCAUUCUGAAGUCUUAUUUCUCAUCAACCUGCAUUUAGAUUCUCCCCCGACACCAACAGCUUUACUAACAACUUUACGAGACCUAAAAGAUUUCUACUAUUUCAACUUGUUCCGUCCAUCUUCUUUUUACAGUUUCAUUGCCGCAUCAUGUCAACCCAUAUCACGCAUCUUGUUCCCAGUGGGACCGGCAACAUAGAGGGAAACGUCUAUAUGUACAUCGACAACUCCAACCUAUGGGUUCAGGGACGCAAGACGUACGCCGAAAGGCUCAAAGCCUCCGUCAGAGCAGAGGUCGGCGGCAUCUCAAGCGAGUUCGUCGUCGCCUCGGGCGACAGCGACAUUCAGACGGCCGUGGCCACGAUUGCCGAUACAAGCGGCAGACCGACAAGCUCGUCCACGUCCAUCUCCAAUCAGUAUCUCGAGCAGAUCGGCUUUCAGAAUAGCAAGUGGCAAGGCGACAGGAGGAACAUUUCGCCUCAUAGUGCCGUCGUUUUGAAUCCGGAGCCCAAGGCAGCGGAAAUUCACGAGUUUUUCUCCCGCUUCCAGCACCAAUAUUCCCACUGGUGCUACAAAAUGGAUGAGAUACGAGAGGGUGCGGCGAGUUGCGACCUGGUAAUAAUACCGGCUACCUUGAAUUCCGAAAUGGACUACAAUGCCAGGGAUCGGUUCUUUCAAACCUGUAAGGAGGAGCUGUCCAAGCACGGCUUAACAGUGCUCCCCUACCAGAAGUAUGCGCAACGUUUCCCAUACUUCAAGGCUAAGCUCGCCAUUUCGAACCGAUUCCACGAGUUGCCGGACAGUGUUCUCGGCGAUCAAGAAGACUACAACCCCGCGGCUGUUCACGAUAACGACGCUAACAACACGGACGACGGAGACGGCGGUUCUUAUACAGACGUCAACACCAAACUUGCCAAACGUAAAGAGAAGGCCAAAGGCCGAGAUCACCUCGCGAUGGAGGUGUGA